CCGGAAGUGCUCUCCCGGCCCGCCGCGCCGCGCCGGGGGAAGAUGGCGCAGGAGGCCGGCGACAUGGAAGAUGGGCAGCUUUCCGACUCGGAUUCCGACAUGACGGUGGCACCCAGCGACAGGCCGCUGCCGGUGCCGAAAGCUCUAGGUGGGGACUGUGCAGUGCGGCCCUUCCAGAGUACUGCAACAGUGUGUGCCCCGGAAUCACAUUAUCGGACUGUGAAAAGUGUGGAUUCAAGUGAAGAGAGUUUUUCAGAUUCAGAUGAUGAUAGCUCUCUCUGGAAACGCAAGCGACAGAAAUGUUUUAACACCCCUCCCAAACCAGAGCCUUUUCAGUUUGACCAGAGCAGCCAGAAACCACCUAUAGCUGGAAGGAAGAAGGUUAACAACAUCUGGGGUGCUGUGCUGCAAGAACAGAACCAAGAUGCAGUGGCCACUGAACUUGGUAUCUUGGGAAUGGAGGGCACCAUUGACAGAAGCCGACAAUCUGAGACCUACAAUUAUUUGCUUGCUAAGAAACUUAAAAGAGAAUCUCAAGAACAUACAAAAGAAUUAGACAAAGAACUAGAAGAAUAUAUGCAUGGUGGCAAAAAAAUGGGACCAAAGGAGGAGGAAAAUGGGCAAGGCCAUCUCAAAAGGAAACGACCUGUCAAAGACAGAGUGGGAGACAGACUAGAAAUGAACUAUAAAGGCCGAUAUGAGAUCACGGAGGACGAUUCUCAAGAGAAGGUGGCUGAUGAAAUUUCUUUCAGGUUGCAGGAACCAAAGAAAGAUUUGAUAGCCCGAGUAGUGAGAAUAAUUGGGAACAAAAAGGCAAUUGAACUUCUGAUGGAAACUGCUGAAGUUGAACAAAACGGUGGUCUUUUUAUAAUGAAUGGCAGUAGAAGAAGAACCCCAGGUGGAGUUUUCCUGAAUCUCCUGAAAAACACUCCUAGUAUCAGUGAGGAGCAAAUUAAGGACAUUUUCUACUUUGAAAAUCAAAAGGAAUAUGAAAAUAAAAAAGCUGCUAGAAAGAGAAGAAUGCAAGUGAUGGGGAAAAAGAUGAAACAAGCCAUUAAAAACCUAAAUUUUCAAGAAGAUGAUGAUACAUCACGAGAGACUUUUGCAAGUGACACUAAUGAGGCCCUGGCCUCUCUUGAUGAAUCACAGGAAGGACAUGGAGAAACAAAGUUGGAUGCAGAGGAAGCCAUUGAGGUUGAUCAUUCUAACGAUUUGGACAUGUUUUAGUACAUUUUGAGGAAUAAACCUUUCUAAGAUAACAUUGUAAUAAACCAUUUCUACUGAGAUUAUUUUACUUUGCACUGAUAAACACAAAAAUCUGGAGAGAAUUGUUACUUUGUUUUAAAUAAAAUUGAAUAUGUGGGAGAUGAAUGUGAUAACAUUUAAAACUUUCUCAUGUCUGACAAAAUAUUUAAAAGUAUAUAGUGGAAGGUUUAAUUUCUUAAUCUGUUGCAUGUACUAAUUAUUACUAGUUGAUCAUCAAUUUUGUCCAGGUCAUUUUAACGUGCUGUUUAAAAGUUUUUCUGAUUUAUCUUUACAAUGAACUAUGAUUGGUUUCAAAACAUUCCAUUAAAAGAUCCUAUUAAGACAUAAAUUGUUAAACUAUUACAAAUGCAUUCAAAUUUAGUUUUUCUAUGUUUUAAGAACUCUUAGGCUUUUAAUGAUAGAAACUAAAAAUAGGUUUAUACUAGUGGCUCUUCCCACUUAUGUGUUUGUUCUGAAGUAAAUAAACAUCAGACUCUUUUCAAGGAAGUAUCGGUUCAUAACUUUAACUUUGUUUUUGACUUAUUAGUUACUUUGGUCAUAUAUUUAUAUACUAAAUAUAAUCCAUAUGUGCAUAAUUGCAAUGACAUUUAAAAAAUUCCCAGUGGUGGCCUGCCUAAGACAGUUUUACCUUAUGUUAAGGAAGUUACGUAUUAAAAAUGUUUCUUCUGCAUGAUGUUUAAAAUUAUUCAUUUUUAUUUAAGAAAAUAAAGGUAGUUUACUUAAGGUGUCCCAAGAGUUGACUACAGUUUACAGAGUAAGCAAAAAUAUGUAGGAAGCAGUUUUUAUCUAUUCUUUGCAAUAAUGUACUUGAAGUCUUUCAGUAAUUUUUGAAACACGUAAUCAUUGAAGUUGGAUCUAAGCAGGGAAGGAAGAGGAAAAUGGUUAUUGGUUACAUUUUAUUCAUAAAGAAUGCAGAAAUAAAAUUAGAAUUCUGGAAGUCAA